AAGAAGUGCAGCCGUAAGGGUUCAGGCAGUUUAUCUUCAACGAUAAUAGAAAAAAUUAUGACCACCAACUGGAUGAAUCGAUGCACAUUUGUGUUUCUUGUCAAGCUGUAAUAUCGCAUGGCAGAAGUGUUUCACGAAGAAAACGACGAACGGAUGAAUACGAAGCAACGCAAGAUUUCGAAGAUCCACAACCAUCAACAAGUAAAAGUCCGCAAGAAUCAACAUGUGAAAAUCCGCAACCAUCAACAAUUGAUGCUGAGCAGCCAUUAACAAGUUGUGACGAGAUUAAUGACAUGCUAGAAGCAGUACCGUCAGUUCCAUCAUUACAGUCAAUCGGGUCAGUGGAUCAGCUGCAGGGUUCGUACAAUGUGGAAAAAUUUAAAAGCAUCGUGCAAACACUGGAAGUUUCCCCAGUUUCGACCAGGAGCAUGAGAAGUACCGAUUAUCGUGUUAAAAAAUCUACGGAGAUCACGCAGGCAGUGCGACGAAACAUAUUCGGCAUAGAUUCAACGGACAUGGCUAAGCAGGAAGCAUAUGAUGAAAUGAUUAUGCAAUUAUUGGAGAAAUUUAAAGCUCCUACUACAAGCAGGAAUGACCAGGUAAAAUAUUGUCAGUACUAUCAAAGUCGUGGUCCAUCGCUAAAAUAGUGAAGGAAUUCGAUGCGUCGCCAUAUAUAGUGAAACAGAUGAAAACACUAGAUUUUUUCGACAAUGAUGACAUUAGUAGACCUAUGCCAGGAACUAACGAUUUUGUGUCUGAGCUUCGAAAUGGCAAAAAAGAUCAUGUUAAAAAACGUCUUUUAAUGAUGUCUCUCAAAGAGGCGUACAUGAUUUUUCAAGAGACAUGUAGUGGUGUUGAUUUUUUUUUUAUUUACAAAGAUCAACACUAACACUUUAACAACACUUUAAAAGUAGUAUCACAGGCAGAAAUAAUGGAAAAAAUGUUGUGUAAUAUUUCUAUUAGGACAUCAGAUUGUUAUUUGCGUUUUUGCAAGCAAUGUUCCUCCAAACAAACUGUCGAAGAAGAACUCCUCUCACAAUUAGAGGAAAAUAUUGACGAAGAUAUUAUUUUUCAGCAGUGGGUGACCACUGAUCUUUGCAACUUGAAAACCAUUAUAAAGCCUGUUGACGAAUUUAUUUCGUAUUUCGUUGAGAAAAUUGAUAAGCUUAUAACUCAUGACUUCAUUUACAAAAAACAGUCUUCAUUUCUUAAGGACAGAAAAAAUUCGUUGGCUGAAUUCUUGUGAUUUGCGACUUUUCAGAAAAUUACUCAUUUGUUAUCCAAAAUGCAGCUCAGGGUUAUCAUUGGAAUAAUUCUCAAGCAACAAUUCAUCCAUUUGAAAUUUAAGAGAGGGAUGGUAAAUUAGAAAAUGUAAGUUUCAUUGUAAUAUCAGAAGUAUUGACGCAUGAUACUGUGGCUGCCCAGCAAUUCAUAUCAAAAUUAAUUGAUGUCAUGAAACAGAAAAUUAUUUUCUCAAAAAUUAUUUUUAUGUCAGAUGGAGCAGCUGCUCAUUAUAAAAACAAAAAAAAAUUGCGAGCCUGUGUGCUUUCAAGUUAAGGCAUAAAUUAGAAGUAGAGUGGCACUUUUUCGCAACAUCAUAUGGGAAAGGUCCCUGUGACGCAAUCGGAGGUACUCUCAAACAAAUGGCAGAGAGAGCAAGUCUUGCCCGAGAUUACGGAAAUACUAUUAAAACUCCAAGAGAACUUUACGACUGGGCAGUUCAACAAACAGACAAAUGUAUAACUAAAUUAAAUUUCUGCUACAUAUGCAAAGAACAGUACACAAAAAUGUCAGAGGAACUAGAAGAACUAUUCAGUCAAGUAAAACCUAUACCUGGAACACAGAAAUUUCAUAGUUUUGUACCUUUAAGUAAUAAUCAAAUAGCAGUUAAAAGAUAUUCUAGUUCAGAAGAUGACCCAAAAAUAUUUACUGUAUUUAGUAGUGGUAAGAAAUAGAU